AUGACGGACAAGCUCCCGCCAGCGUUGCUGGCACUGUUCGCGCCGCGCCCGCCGCUGCGAUGGAUGGAGCCUAUGGACCACCCACCGGAGACGCGGCAGACUUCGAACAUCGGCGGCAUUGGGCAGUACAUGCAAGCAUUGAGGGAAUACAAGGACAAUGACGGAUAUGUGCCAUCGGAUAGCUGGCUGCAGAUUCGCGAUCGAAAGAAGCUGGAGAAGGAGGAGAAGCAGAAGUGGCUGCUGACCGAAGGCGUCAAGCAAUGGAACCCUAAGGAGGAUCCUAACGCGAAAGGCGACGCUUUCAAAACCCUUUUCGUCUCCCGUCUAGCUUACAAUAUCACCGAGGACGACCUAGAGCGCGAGUUUGGGCGCUACGGCCCCAUUGAGAGGAUCCGCAUCGUGGAAGACAAGACGGCGCCGCCGGAUGCGCCGCCGAAGAAGCGUAAGCGUGGGUAUGCUUUCAUUGUUUUUGAGCGCGAAAAAGACAUGAAGUCCGCGUACAAGGAGACAGAUGGUAUCAAGAUCAAGGAUCGGCGCGUCUGCGUGGACGUUGAGCGCGGUCGGACUGUCCAGGGCUGGCGACCGCGGCGCUUUGGUGGCGGUCUCGGUGGACGAGGCUACACCAAAGGACCCCCUGCUCGCCCGGCUGGGCCAGGAGCCUUGGGACCACCCGCAGGUCCGGGAGGAUUCGGUGGCCGAGGUGGGUUUGGUGGAGGUUUCCGUGGCGGGCGUGGUGGAUUUGGCGGCGACCGUGGUGGGUUCCGUGGUGGAUUUGGCGGCCCGCGGCCUGGUGGUGGUGGUGGGUAUGGUGGGAGGAGCGGCAUCGGGUACCAGGGUAAUGGAUUUGCUCCUGAUGGUGCUCCUUCAGGUCCCCGGGGAGGUGGCCGAGGCGGACACGGUGGUUUCGGCGGAGGCGGAGGACGCUAUGGAGACGAGGGCCGUGGGUACGGAGAUAGGAACAGGGGAUCCAGCGGCGCCAACACCGAGCCCUUGGGCAGCAGAGACCGAACUUCCGACCGCGACCGUGAUCGUGACCGAGACCGCGACGGUGGGUAUGGCGGACGCGACGACCGCGACUCUAGGAAGCGUGCAUAUGAAGGCGACAGCUACGAUGAUCCGCGCCGGCGACGGAGGUAUUGA